ACCGCGAAAGCAAGCAGCAGCUCGGCAGCAGUAAAGUGAUUGUUUUUUGUAAUAUUUCAAGCGGAAUCGUAAGUACAGCAUUACUAAUUAUUAGUUCGGUUCUAAUUGCAACUAAAUUGCAACAGAAAAUGCCGUUCGCCCUCGUGGAGACAACAAACGCACGGGGCUUCAACGAGUUGUCGGCAGUUCCGACAUCAUGGCUGCGGGGAUCAAAAAGCGGAAAUAUUUUGCUGUGGCCAAACGUGAAGAGCGUUGCAGAACAGGAGAAAAUGCUCCGCGAUGAAACCAGCUGUCCAAAAAAGUCCUGGCUGAAGUACAAAUGUAAAGUCAAGCGAAAUCCCAUUUCAACUUUUGCUGCAGCAAAACGCAUGCUGGAAGAGCUGUCCGGAGAAUCGUCAUCCGACGCUGGUCAUCUAGUUCGGCGUAAACAAAAACACGAUAAGCGAGAAACGGAAAACUUCCAAAGCAUGCUUGUUUUGGAUAACUCAAAUCGCUCACCAGAAGCACAGCUGAAUCCAAUUGUAAUUGAGGUAAGAGGAGGGGUUCAGGAUGAAAUCCAUCAGGAAUCACUCUUACAGUCGCCAUCCGAGGACGCUGCUCAGCAUGAAAUACUUCCUCAAGCUCUGACAAACGACAGACUGGAAAGACUGGAGAAGCGAGCAGCGGGUAUCGGUACCCAAAACGAUUUCAUCUUGGACACAGUCCGAAGCAUCAAUUCCGGUAAAAGGGACAUCGAGCUGGCAUCUUCGUUUAGUUUCAAGCCUAUCAAGGACGAACAGGAGUUAGCUGAACUGGAAAAGAAGCUGGAGGACAACGAAUUCAAACUGAAAAUGAUCAAUUGGCUACGACUGAACGCUACCGGGGAUUGCGCUGAUAAUCGAAUGCUAGGUGCACUCGAUUUUCUGCUCAGCAGGGAGUUCCAGACCAAAUGCACCUGGACUGGAGCCAGUAGGAAAGGACCGAAAACAGCUAUCAUGCCGAACCGCAAUGUGUUGCAAUUGUUCGUUGAAGUUGGAAGCAACGAGUCCGAGACAGUUACCCAACAGAAACUGGCAAGCUUUUUCAAAAGAAAACUCAAGAACUCGCUCAAACGGCUGCUUACAACUGGCAUGCGCCGAGGAACCAGGCAUGUAAGAAGACGUAGACAACCAGCACAAGCUACUGAGCAGGAGGUAAAAUUUGAACCAGAUGGAGAGCAUAACGAAAAACGUGGCGAUCGCAGUGACCAAGACUCUGACAGCAACGCUAGUUCUGUCAUCAAUUCAUCGGACGCCUUGGAUGCAGUGGAUGUUGAGUCCGACUCAAGUGGCCCUAAUCCCAAUGACUCUAGCGAAUAGUGAACUGGAUUGCACCUGCCAUGAGCUAUAUAUGAAUAACUAUUCUCAGCUUUCAGAACUUAUCUUACCUUAUUGUCAUUUGAUGAUUAU